UGCUGUCUUCGCCUUCGUUUUUUUCCCCAAUGAAGUGUAAGUAAACAAAGAAAAGAAGUAAAAUAAAUUAUUUUUUUUUUUUUCCUGCUAUAUAUUUUAUUUUGAAAAAUUGUCGAAUAUUUUGAAGAAGAACUUUUUUCUACAAAAUGUGAUCAAGUUUCUUUCGAAAGCGAAACUAAUAUUUACUGCUGCGCAGUAUUUUGCUCCGGUCCUAGCUUAACCGUUGCUAUGUAAUCCGGUUGUUGUACACAAUCGAACGUGCUGCCCAGGUGUAAUAAACAUUGGUGUGACCGUUGAAACUACACGUCUUCAGCUUGUAGAAAGAACUGAGUUGACAACAAAGCCAUGGCUGUACCAUUUUCAAACACAAAACUGAGGGUCCCGAACGGGUUUCAAAACAUCUUGGAAUGUCUGGCGAGAGAAGUGCUUCGCUCACAGCCAGACAACAUCCAUGAAUUCGCUGCGGCUUAUUUCGAAAACAUGAUGAAAGUUCGAGCAG